GUUCUUCAGCAAUGCAGCGUUCCUGCAAGAUCAAAGGAGCCAUGGCGCAGAGUCCACCUGCCCAUGGACAUGAGACCUUUCAUUUUUCGAUCCGCCCGCAUAAGGCGGCAUCUGUCGUCCGACUCAUUCCUUCUUGGCGUGGGCCGAAAUAGAUUAAUAUAAUUGUUUUCCCUUUUCCCACGGGGACUUCAGUCGGCCUGCAGUCGUUCGCGUCUGCUUGAGGAGAGCCCAGGUGAGCUUCACUCUCGGAUCACCGCGGUCCGCAUAAUAUAGACUAUUCCGUCAUUUGUUUUCCAUCGGUCUUAGUCUGGCGACGACUGCCAUACGUCAGGGUACCGUUCACUCGAAAAGCCAUCCUCAGCAACCGACGAUCAUGUACGUCCUCGGCCUUGGAGGGCUCAUUCUAGGAGUCUUGGACUUCGUGGCCGCAGCUCCUCAUAGACCUCGCGCCCCCCAAUAUGUUGUCAACCAGGAUCGUGCCGACGCAGUGAAACAGGCGUUCCAGACAUCAUGGGACGGGUACUACCUGUAUGCCUUUCCCCAUGAUUCUCUGCGGCCCGUGUCAGAUGGGUAUGCAGAUGACAGAAACGGGUGGGGGGCAAGCGCCGUCGACGCCCUCAGCACCGCGUUGGUUAUGGGAAACUGGCCCGUCGUAAGGCAGAUUCUGGAGUUCAUACCAGAAAUCAACUUUGACAACACAACUACUGAAGUCUCUCUGUUUGAGACAACCAUCCGGUAUCUCGGAGGGCUGCUGUCUGCCUACGACCUUCUUACCGGUCCUCUAGAUGGCCAGAUCAACGAGACAGUCCAAGUAGAAGCCAUCCUCAAGCAAGCCAAACGGCUUGCCGACAACCUCAAGGUAGCUUUCGAUACUCCCAGCGGUGUUCCAGAUAAUGGGCUCUUCUUUAAUCCGCCACGCAAAUCGGGCUCUACCACGAAUGGAAUUGCCACCAUAGGCACCUUGGUUCUGGAGUGGACACGGCUCAGUGACCUGACCGACGAUGUUGAGUAUGGGCGGCUGGCCCAGAAGGCCGAAUCAUAUCUCCUGCACCCGCAGCCUCCACUCGGAGAGCCCUUCCCGGGGCUUCUGGGGAGCGACGUCAACCUCACCACCGGGUUGUUCGUGAAUGGCAACGGCGGCUGGGGUGGUGGCACUGACAGCUUCUACGAGUAUCUUAUCAAAAUGUUCCUGUACGACCCUGACCGCUUCGGCGAGUAUCGCGACCGCUGGAUCACAGCAGCCGACUCAUCCAUCAAGUAUCUCGUGUCGCACCCUACCACCCGGCCCGAUCUCACCUUCCUCGCCAUGUGGCGCAACCAGACGCUUCAUUUCGUCUCCGAACACCUGGCCUGCUUCAACGGGGGCAAUUUCAUCCUGGGCGGCCUUGUUCUCGACGAGCCAUCCUACAUAGAGCUCGGCUUGGCCCUGACCGAGGGCUGCCGCGCCACGUACUCAUCCACGGCGACCAAGAUCGGGCCAGAGGCCUUUCGCUGGCAGGACCUCUCGCGCGCCCCGGAAGACGUGACGCACAACCCGCCGCCGCCGGCUGGGCAGCAACGCUUUUACGACGUCGCCGGCUUCUGGAUCACCAACGGCGGCUACGUCCUCCGUCCCGAGGUCAUCGAGAGCUAUUACUAUGCCUAUCGCGCCACCGGGGACCCGAAGUAUCAAGAGUGGGCGUGGGAGGCAUUUGUGGCCGUGAACGAGACGUGCAGGAUAGGAAGUGGGUAUUCCGGAGUGAGGGAUGUGAAUCAGCAAGGAGGAGGAGGUUUCUUUGAUUUCCAGGAGAGUUUCUGGUUUGCCGAAGUGCUGAAGUAUAGUUAUUUGAUCCACGCCGAGGACGCUCCCUGGCAGGUGAAGAGCGAUCACACGAAUCAGUUUGUGUAUAACACUGAGGCACACCCGGUCCGCUUGGCGAAAGGGCGUGAGGGUGGAAGAGCAAGGAGAUCAGGCAUUGUAUAGAAGCCCUAGCCGGGGAAGUGUCUUGAUGACGGGCCGGUAUACAUGUAAUGCAUCAACUAGUACCUAGUAUUCACUCAAUUGACGUGUU